GUCGUCUGUUGACUGUCGCAUGUCGUGUCGCGCUAUCUUCGCUGAUGCUGCAAAGAUAUUGAAAUAAAUAUUAAACGCCUUGACAGUACUCAAUUGCUCGCCGACGCGUGCUUGUGUGCAAUUAAUUAAUUUAAAUCCAUCGAGGGGUACAGUUUUUUUCUGUGUCAGUGCCAAAGCCAUCGAUCGAUCGUCGAACGAAGAAAAGAAUUGCAAUUGCAGCAGCUCGACAGAGUGGGAAAGUUCAACGGCCAUCAAGAUGAUACCGAUUCUCGACAAACUGAGCGGGUUCUACAACUCCUACGUGCUGGCCCUCCUCACCAUCGGCUACAUCCUGGGCGAGCUGGGUCACUAUCUCAUUGGCGUGACCUCCAAGCAGACGGCCAUUGAGUUGGACUACGGUGAUCAUGCCUGCCAGCAGAACACAUCGAUGUUCAAUCGUCACGAGCUGCCCACGCAGUGCUCGGCGGUUGGAAACGAGUCCAGCUGCUAUGCCCUCGACUUCAAUGGCACUGGCUACUGUGAGUGGAACUACAAUGGCCUGGGCAUCGACUACCAGAUCCUAGCCGGUCCCACCUUCAUACUGAUCUUCACCAUUGCGGGCGUCUUCAUGGGCUUCGCGGCCGACAAGUACAAUCGCGUCAAGAUGCUGACCGUGUGCACGGUGAUCUUCGGCAUUGCCAUGAUCCUGCAGGGCACUGUCAAGGAGUACUGGCAAUUGGUGCUGCUUCGCAUGGUGAUGGCAGCUGGCGAGUCCGGAUGCAAUCCCCUGGCCACGGGCAUCAUGUCCGACAUCUUUCCGGAGGAUAAGCGCGCGCUGGUCAUGGCCAUCUUCAAUUGGGGCAUUUACGGAGGCUAUGGCAUCGCCUUCCCCGUCGGUCGGUACAUCACCAAACUGAACUUCUGGAAUCUGGGAUGGCGCGUUUGCUACUUGGGCGCGGGUGUGCUCACGGUGAUUAUAGCCGCCUUGACGGGAACCACCCUGCGGGAACCGGAGCGCAAGGCCAUUGGCGACGGCGACCGACAGACGGCGAGCGGAAAGCCGGUGAGCCUGUGGCAGGUGAUCAAGAGUCCGGCAAUGAUCAUGCUGAUGAUUGCCGCCUCCAUUCGUCACUGCGGUGGCAUGACCUUUGCGUACAACGCCGAUCUCUACUACAACUCGUACUUCCCCGAUGUCGACCUGGGCUGGUGGCUGUUUGGGGUCACCAUUGGCAUUGGCAGCGUGGGCGUGGUCGUCGGCGGCAUUGUAUCGGACAAAAUUGUGGCCAAGAUGGGCAUUCGAUCGCGUGCCUUUGUAUUGGCCAUCAGUCAGCUGAUUGCCACACUGCCGGCCUUCGGAUCGGUCUACUUCGAUCCGCUGUGGGCCAUGAUCACGCUGGGAAUGAGCUACUUCUUUGCCGAGAUGUGGUUCGGCAUUGUGUUCGCCAUUGUGGUGGAGAUCGUCCCGCUGCGUGUCCGCUCCUCAACUAUUGGCGUCUUCCUGUUCGUGAUGAACAACAUUGGGGGCAACCUGCCCAUUCUGGUGGAUCCAGUGGCCAAGGUUUUGGGCUACCGCGGAUCGAUUAUGAUCUUUUAUGCUGGCUUCUACGGCAUCAGUUCCAUUCUCUUCUUCAUCACCUGCUUCCUGCUGGAAGGCAAGCCCGAUGAGGCGGAGGAGCUAGAGUCGCCAAAGACCCAUCCGAAUGCCGUGCUCAAUGCGCGUCACAUGCACGGACACGACAACUCCGUGUUCUCCGUGGACGAGACCCUGCCCUCCAAUGGCCGUCCCGCCCAGCUGCCCCAGCACCUGCAGAUGUCCAGCAACGGAUACGACAAGGCACAGCCUUCUCCGGUGCGACAGAACGGCGCCGAGAGCAGUAGACUAUAGUUUAGUUUAAAGUCCGAAAUGUGUGUUUUUUUUUUAUUAAUUACUAUUACGGAAUUUUUAAUUCGUUUGGGGCGUUAUGACACUGGCCUGAAAUUCGGCUAAAUGACUGGAUUUAUUGAGUGCUAAUAAUUGAAAUAGUACAUUAUUCAGUCAAGCUGUGCUUUAACCCAAAAAGCAGUUUUAUUUUGACAGUUGUUUGGGUUCUGCUUCACCAACCUCGAGCAUUCCAAAAGAUUUACUAGCUGCAUUUUGGGCAAGUGUCAUAACACCUUUGAACUUAGUCCUAAGUUGGGAAAGUGUGGGAGGACGAAAUGGAGCACUAUCCUUGCCCUGGUUCCCUCACACACUGUCUUUUUAGCGCGAUAAUUGUGUACUUAAAUCUGCAGGCGAUGACAAGUGUACAACUUUAAUAAAGUGCUGUUUUGUUAAUAUCAAAUUUA